AUGAGGAAAAGGAAUGGUGGCAUCCUGAAUGUACUCGAACUGUAGCAGAAGAGAUGCUAAAACAAAUACCUACAGAUGGUGCAUUUUUAGUAAGACCUAGUGAAAGGGAAAGUAAUUGCUAUGCAAUUUCAUUUAGAGCAGACAAGAAAAUAAAACACUGUAAAAUAAAACUUGAAGGAAGACUCUAUACCACUGGAACUGUGCAGUUUGAAAGCUUAGUGGAAUUAGUCAAUUAUUAUGAACGACAUACAUUGUAUAAAAAGAUUAAAUUAAGUCAUCCUGUCAAUCAAGAUAUUAUCAGAAGAAUGGGGCUGGAUAAUGAUGAUGGAUCUGUUUAUGGCAUCCCAGGAUAUAUGGAUCCUACAAGCUUUACAUCAAAGGUUACGGUUAAGGCUAUUUAUGAUUACAAAGCUAGAAGAGACGAUGAAUUGACAUUAGUCAAGCAUGCUAUAAUUACUAAUGUUAAUCCACAAAGUGGAGGUUGGUGGAGAGGUGAUUACGGUGGCCAGAAGCAACACUGGUUUCCUGCUAAUUAUGUAGAACAAAUCGAUCAACAAGAAAAUCAGGGUGAUGUAAGUCUUGAAUUUUAUCAAUAAAUACAAAAGAAAUAGGUUAAUAAAAACUUGAAUCGCAAAUGUAACAUAUAUAACGUAUGUAAUAUAUAUACAGGGUGUCUCAGACCUCCAUGAUCACACUUUGCAAGAACGUAGUACAGAUUGAGGUGAGCAAGAAAGUCCUGUGCCAUUUUGCGAUAUUCACAAUAUUUUUCGAGAAAUUAAUUAUUUUGUCUCAGCUAAUGAGAGCAGAGAAAACGACAACCGA